AUGGCCGCUGAACAUACCGGAGCAACGCUACUGGCACAAGUAAAGGAGGAGAGUCUGCUCGAUAUCCUGCAGGCACUCCGUGAAUCGCAUCUGCUGUCCCCAAAGCUGCCACUUGUCGGUAUCCCCCGUCUCGACACAGCGCUCGCAGCGCUCCGGUCGAACGAGCACAAUCCACGCCAGCCGGUGCUCGAGAUCACCAGCCCCGCCUCGGGUGAUGGAAAGACUGCGCUGCUAUACUAUGCUACCGCACAGGCAGUCUUGCCAGCAUGGCUCGAGAACGAUGUUAUUGUGGGCGGGCACGACGCAGCAGUGAUAUGGCUGGAUACGGAUGCGCGAUUCGACGCCCACCGGCUCAGGUGUGUGAUGGCCAACAUUGUUCGCCAGAGAGCCUUGCAGGAAAGUGAUAAUUAUACCGAGGCUGUUAAUGAAUCCCUACGACAUGUGCAUGUAUUCCAGCCCUUGUCAUCGCCGGCUCUGCUGGCUACUCUGGAAUCGAUCCCGGAGUAUCUAUUCAGCACCCAGCAUUACUCGCGGUAUCGGCCAUUGCAUGCAAUAGUGAUUGAUAGUGCAAGUGCCUUCUACUGGCAGGACUGGCGGAAGGCGGAGGUCUCCCGGAUUCCUGGCGCUGUGGACGAAGAAGGGCACGCCCUGGGAGCAACGUCAAGCCGCCGGUCAACGAAUAUGCCGGCAGAUAUAGUCUCUGUUUUACGUGAUCUACAGAACAAAUUUUCUUGUUUGAUUCUCUAUUCCACAGCCGGACUCUAUCCUUGCGGCUCCUCCCUAUCCCCAUUGACCUCGUUCAGGCCAUAUCUGCCAUACCCAUGGAUCACACUACCUGCUCUACGGGUCGUAGUACGGCGCGAGCCAGUACGGCCAUUUGUGGAUGGGAUGACUGUUGACGAAGCGCGAGCCGAUGGAUUAGUGAGGCAGGCGGUUGUCCAGCGGGGGGUGUUUUCCGGCUGGAUUGAUCCGUCCAGCCUGCCUACAUAUAUGCAAGGAGCAGCUGCCACACAGCCGUUUAGCUUCAAAAUUUCAAAUGAGGGUAUUUUCUUUGACGGGAUGACUAUUCUACCGCAGGUGUAA